CACAUUCGCGACCACUGCUACAGAAUGGAUGUGCAGCAGGUUAGAAUAUGUUACGUUACGUUAGGUUAGAUCGUAGUCGUACAGCUCGGAGAGAUAAUUGAUUAUGCGCUUCGCAAUCUCAAAAACGUCGUCUUUAUGAACGAUAAAGUGUAAAGAUUAGUUUCGGCGUCUGUAUGCGUGCACAUACGGUGCCUUGACGGAGGAGCGUGAAUUAUUUGGUUUAGGACUGACAUAAAUCAUUUUCAAACGCAUAAUUUCGUCGCCAUUGUACCCGAGCAGACGAAAACGUAGUCAACAUACGGAGAAAAAUGUCAAAGAUCGAAGAGGCGAACGAACAUAUACGUCAGGCUGAGAAAGCUUUAAAGCCUACUCUUUUGAAAUGGCGACCUGAUUAUGAGGUGGCAGCUGAUGAGUACUCACAUGCAGCAACAUGCUUUCGAAUAGCCAAGUCAUAUGCACAAUGCAAAGAAUGUUUGGUGAAAGCGGCUGAUUGUUACAAACAGACCAAAGCAUGGUUCCACGCAGCAAAGAGCAUCGAACAAGCUCUGCUCAUCUGCAAAGAAAUGGGGGAUCUAUCAGAGGUAUCGAAACUAGCUCAUAGUGCCUGCAGUCUUUUUCAACAGCAUGGUUCCCCCGAAUCAGGUGUAACCGCCCUAGACAAGGGAGCCAAAAUGCUAGAAGCUACACAACCUCAGCAGGCUCUAGAGUUAUUUAAACGUGCAGCUGACAUAAUCAUGGGCGAGGAUAGUCCGCGGCAUGCAGCGGAAUAUAUGAGCAAAGCCGCGAGAUUAUUGGUGAAACUGCAAAUGUAUGACGAGGCAGCGGACGCAAUACGUCGCGAAAUUGGCAUGUAUCAAGAAAUCAAGCUGUGGCAAUCACUUGGGAGACUCACUGUAGCCUUGGUGCUAGUACAAUUGGCACGGGGCGAUCAAGUGGCGGCUGAAAAGGCCUUCAAAGAAUGGGGAAAUUACUGUGAACCUCCCGAAGUGCAAACAUUGGAAAUGUUGCUGCAGGCAUACGACAAUGAAGAUGCAAACGCGGCUCGAGCGGCUCUUAAUAGCCCCUUUAUCAAACACAUGGAUGUGGAAUAUGCCAAACUAGCGCGAGGGUUGCCUUUACCGCAGAAUGAAUACUCAGUUCCGCCUGCUGGGGUAAGACCCAAUGCCGCGGAAUCCUACAUUUCUCCCAACGUGUCCAAGCCUUCUGAACAAACUACAGUCGAAGCAGAAGUUAAUAAAAAGAACGAUGUUGAUGCUACUGGUCAGUCAACGACAAAAGUGGUCGAAAAGAAACCACCACCACAGCCGCAACCAGCGCAAAAAGAGGAGGACGACGAAUACGAGGGAGGCCUGUGUUAAUCGUCUUUAGAUGUAAACAAUAAUUCUCUAUUGCUUGAGUAAACUGUUAACUGUAACGCUUGCAUGUAUAUCGAGCGCUUCAUCGAAAGCACAUUGUCGGUUUUGACAGCAUUUAUCUUUCAACUUCCAAAUUAUUAGAAUGAAACACAGAAAUCAAGAAGAUAAUAACUACUUUCAUUAUCAAUAUUUUUGUUCUUUUAAUAUUUCGCCAACAGUUUAAUCUAUUUAUUAGUAGUUACCGAAUUAUUGAAAUUUAAUAUAAAAACAAUUAAUAUUCCAUAUAUGCAAGAAAAUAUAUUUUUGUUGGAAGACUUUACACAAUGUGUCACCAGAAAUGAAAAUACUUAAUUAUCAUCUUUAGUUGUAAUGAUACAGAGAAAAGUUUCCCAGAUCUGCUCUUUGAAAUCAUAUAAAUAUCAAAUCUAAAAUAUUUCGCUCGUAUCAUCACAACAAAGAGUAAAUUAAAUAUUCUGAUAAUUCAGUUUUCUGAUGGGACAUCCUGUAAGUAGCUAUUGCUACAAAUAUUUUAGAUAUAUUUAUAUUUUAUUUUUAUUUUCAUAUGUGUUAUGUGUAUAUAUGUCAUAUAUAUCCUUUUUGUGUCAGAUUAAAUAUUUCGAUAUUUUUAGUAAUUAGCUAAUGUUGUACAUAUUUUACUUAAAAAGCCAGAUACAUUCCUCAAGUCAAAAGUGUAUAUUUAGUUUUUCAGCACUACCUUAGCGAUCAUUAUACUGAACUGUUAUACGAUUUAAGAGUUUAAGAAAGAAAAAACAUACAAAGAUAUAUUCUGCUGUUAAUACUUCAUUUGCAAACCUAUGAAAUGUUCCUUAAUAAAAGAAGAUACGAAUUCA